CUCUUCCUCAUACCUAUUUCGGUUCAUCACAUGACUUAUUAAUGAAAUGUCUGAAGAUUACGUUGAAUAUCAUCGAUUCUUGUAGUUUCUAAAAUUGUUGUAUUGAACAUUAAAAUAUGAACAUUAGUUUUUUCCUUUGCGUAGCCUGUUGAUGCCAUUUGUUGACUCUUGUUGCCAUGGCAACGAACUCGCAUGCUUUAUGUGACAGUUUGAACUUUGGUCUGGGCCCUGCAGAAGUGUGAAACAUUACCUAGUAAAUUUUCUGUAGUUACUUGGAACUCCGGAUUUACUUUUUCUACUCUGCUAUUUAGAGCUCUUCAUUGUAAAUUAAUUCAUCAUAAAUGAAGACGAAAGACGUUCCACGCUCUUCAUGAAGGAAACACGCCCUGUCAAUUUAUUAAUUAUGCAAAAUAGCUAUGGAGUCGGUCCCGAAAAAUGCGCCCACUGAAUUGUCAACUUUUCAAGAACGAGUGAAGUGAGAUUUAGAUUCUGCUGAUAAUAUUUGCUAAGAAGUGAGAUUCUAAUGCUAUAAAUAGAAUAGAAUAGAAUAAACUUGAGCCUGGAUUAUAUUCUCGCCCUGGAGUCCAUUUUAUUCAAAUUCCGAAGUUCAUUAUCAACUAUCAAGUCUAAUCAGCCAAGAAUUGCAGCCAAGUCUCAAGUUCUCAACUCACAACUAAUGAACUAUACCUGAAAGUCGAAAGUGGAAGUCUGAAACUGAAAGGUGAUUUGAAAAAGGAGCUAUUUUUGUAGCUUGUACACAACUACCGUAGAAGAGAGGUCAUGGCAUUUUGCUGAGUGAUGGACUGAUGGAAUAUUUACCAUUUUUUUUAAUUUGGCAUCAUAUGUCAUAGUAUGUGUUGUGUUUCAAGUUUCAGUUUCUUAAUAGUUUCGAUUUUUGAAUUAAAGUAAAAUAUUUACCAUAGGUACCUAAGUUGUGUGAAACUUUUUUAAAUUCUAAUGCUGAAGAAAUAAUACGGGCUCAAUUACCACGCAAUAGUGAAUAGUCUUCGACGAGGACAACCUUUUGAUCACGGCAACCAAUAAGGCGCUCGGCUGUUAAUUACCAGACAUUGAAGAUGACUUCUGAUGGCAUGCCCUGGUCUUACAAUUCUGGCAGUGGGAUGUCAGCAUGGAGUAACAAUGACUUGAACAGUAGUGGCCGGAGCUCGGGCUCUGCUGUGAGCAGCAGCAAAGCUGACAGCAAAACACUACCUGGGCUUGUGGAUGAUGAUGUUGCACGGCAGCAGAAACUUGAAAAGCAGCGCAAGCUCCACGAGGCGAGGUCAGCGCGCAAGCGUCUCAGCACAGGCCUCAUGCAGCCCUCUGAACGCGCGACCUCAGCUCGCUCCCGCCCUUCCUCCUCCGUCCUGCACGGCUAUGACGGUCCGCUGCAGCUGGCCAUGACAGAAGGCCAGAGCCCUGACGCGGUGGCCGCUGCAGUGGACGUACCCCCACAGGCCGCUAAGAACCUCAGCCGCAAGAACCAAACUCCGGUCCGCGCGCAGCCCGGCAAGCCCCAACUCAAAGCCCAGCUCAGCCAGAGCGACUCGGUGGGCUCUGGACUGGGUGGCGUCAGAAGAGGCGUAUCACAAGAUGGCAUCGCGAGCGACGCGUCCGUGCUCGACCUGGACGAUCUAGACGCCGAGGACCAGGAGUCGACGCCCAUACUCACCAGCUCCCCGCUCUCCCCCGAGGACGGCUCCCCCGCGGCUGUGAUCCAGCCCUCCCCCACCCCCACCCGUAGCCAGCCCACCGCCUUCGGGAUCGACUCUGUGGACGCAAGUAUUGCAGCGGUGACGUCACUAGCUGACCCGAUGAUGUCAGGCCAGUCGACAAGUCAGGAGAUCGAGAGGUUCUGUCUCGAGCCCGCGCCACAAGGAGUGCUCAUCAAGUGCAGGAUCUCGAGGGACAGGAAGGGCAUGGACCGAGGACUCUACCCUACUUACUUUCUACACAGAGAGCGCGAAGAUGGGAAAAAAAUAUUCUUGCUGGCUGGCCGCAAACGCAAGAAGUCGACGACGUCGAAUUAUUUAAUCAGCGCUGACCCAACCGACCUGUCCCGUGGGGGCGAGUCGUUUUGUGGCAAGUUGCGUUCGAACCUCCUAGGCACGCAGUUCACCGUCUACGACAGCGGCGACGGCGGCUGUCAGAAGAAACAGUCCGAAAAAUCGCGGAACAGAUUGGAGAUCGCAGCAGUCGUUUAUGAGACGAACGUGCUGGGCUUCAAAGGACCGCGGAAGAUGACCAUCAUCCUGCCGGGGAUGACAGAGGACGGCAAAAGAGUUAUCUUCAUGCCAGCCAACGACCAGGAAACUUUAAUAGAACGUUACAAGGCCAAGAACAUGGAGCAGCUCAUCGAGCUCCAGAACAAGACGCCCGUUUGGAACGAAGACACGCAGAGCUACGUACUCAACUUCCACGGUCGCGUAACCCAAGCUUCUGUCAAAAAUUUCCAGAUCGUCCAUGAAGAUGACGUGGACUACAUUGUGAUGCAGUUCGGGCGGGUGGCCGAGGACGUGUUCACCAUGGACUAUCGCUACCCUAUGUGUGCCUUGCAAGCUUUCGGAAUCGCUCUGUCCUCCUUUGAUUCCAAACUAGCGUGUGAAUAGGCUAACAUAAUGCUUAUAUAUACAAUACUCGUAUAGUUAUACACGUAUGAAAUAAAUAGCUAAGGCAUCUCUGAUACUGGCCACGAAAAUCACAGUGGUUUAUUCUUGCUUUUACGAACGAGGUGAAUUUGCGUGAGGAAGAAGUUGUACACC